GUGUCUCGUCAUAGCAGCGUCAUGCUGCAGGAACUGUCUCAUAUGGACCGUAUCACACAACUGCAAGAUGAGAUCCAGCAAUUGCUUACCAUAAUGUCGAGUACCAUUGCAUACCUGACUUCCCGUGCAAACUUCAUCCAAAUCAGCGCGGAGGUCCCGGUCACCAAGUCGCGGAAUCCGGACAAGUAUGACCAGUCAGAUGUGUUCGAAGCCAAUAAGAGGGAGCUCGUGACGGACUUGAUAGUGAAGGCGAAGCAGAUAGAUUAUUUGAUUCAGUCGCUGCCAGAACCGGAUCCGGAGGAGAAGCAGGUAUGUUUUUUUCGGUUUCGACCCGUCAGCUGGAGGCCCUUCAUCUGCCGGAAGGUCGAGCGUUUACAAGCCCUGGAGGAAGAGAUGGCGCAAGCAAAUGCCGAGUAUGUCCAGGCGGUCAAUCGCGCAAAAAGCUUGCAUGCCCAGAUAUGCGAGGUACUGAGAACUAUGCUAGACGAGCCGGAUAUUGUGCGGGACGAGGCAGGCUGAAAUCUUGUUGGACAUGAACAUGUUGC